CUGUCGUUGAACUACCUGCCCCGCAAAUCAUUUUGUUAGUCAUAAAGGCUUUUCAACCGGGGGAAGACAGACACAGCUCUGACAGUAUUGAAACAGGUUGUGUCGAGCCAUGGCUUUCAGCAAAGGUUAUCGUAUUUAUCAUAAACUGGAUCCACCUCCAUACAGUGUGAUUGUGGAGACGAGAAAUAGAGACGAAUGCCUGAUGUUCGAGUCUGGAGCUGUUGCCGUACUGUCGGCAGCAGAGAAGGAGACCAUCAAAACAGCAUACACCAAGAUGCUGGAUGCUUAUGGUAUCCUGGGAGUUCUUCGUCUUAACCUUGGGGAUUCAAUGCUACACAGCCUUGUGGUUGCAUCAGGAUGCAGUUCAGUUGGCAAAGUCCAGGAUUCCGAAGUCUUUCGGGUAACUGGUACAGACUUUGUGUCUCUGAACAAUGACCCCUCGGAUGAGGACCGGAUCGCUGAUGUGAGGAAAGUCUUAAACUCUGGGAACUUCUAUUUUGCCUGGUCCUCCACUGGAGUGAGUCUGGACCUCAGCUUGAACGCACACCGUAGAAUUAGAAAAGACAUAUCGGACAAUCGAUUUUUCUGGAAUCAGUCCCUGCAUCUCCAUCUCAAACAUUACGGAGUGAACUGUGAUGAUUGGCUGCUGAGAUUGAUGUGUGGUGGAGUGGAGAUCCGCACCAUCUACGCUGGACACAAGCAGGCCAAAGCUUGUGUGAUCUCGCGGCUCAGCUCAGAGAGGGCAGGCACACGUUUUAAUGUCCGGGGCACGAAUGAUGACGGGCAGGUGGCCAACUUUGUGGAGACUGAGCAGGUUAUUUUUCUUGACGACAAAGUGUCCUCCUUCAUUCAGAUCCGAGGCUCAAUACCUCUAUUCUGGGAGCAGCCGGGUAUUCAGGUUGGUUCCCAUCGUGUAAAGCUGUCCCGUGGUUUUGAAGCAAAUGCACCAGCUUUUGAGAGACACUUUAGUGCUCUGAGGAGGCUGUAUGGCAAACAGGUGAUCAUCAACCUUCUGAGUAUGAAGGAGGGUGAGAACAUGCUCAGCAAAGCAUUCCAGAGUCACCUGAAAGCUUCGGAACAUGCAAACGCUGUGAAAAUGUUGAACUUUGACUAUCAUCAGAUGGUUAGAGGUGGGAAGACUGAAAAGCUCAGCACUGUUCUAAAACCUCAGAUCAACAAGUUUCUAGAGGAAUGUAGCUUCUUCUACUACUCCGGGGAGGCUGGCAUUCAGAGGUGUCAGACAGGGACCAUUCGUUCCAAUUGUCUGGACUGCUUGGACAGGACAAACAGCGUCCAGGCCUUCAUUGCACUAGAGAUGCUUCCAAAACAGUUGGAGGACAUGGGUCUGACUGAGAAGCCUCAGCUGGUAGCACGCUUUCAGGAGGUCUUCCGCUCCAUGUGGUCCACCAAUGGAGACUCAGUCAGCAAGAUCUACGCAGGCACUGGUGCUCUGGAUGGCAAGGCUAAGCUGAAAGACGGAGCUCGCUCGGUCACAAGAACCAUCCAGAACAACUUCUUUGACAGCUCAAAACAGGAAGCCAUUGACAUCCUGAGGCUGGGCAGCACUCUGAAUAGUGACCUGGCAGAUAAAGCACGAGCCCUCCUCACCACCAGCAGCCUGUAUGUCUCUGAGCCCAUUUUACAGUCAGCAUCUCCCAGAGUCCUGCUUGGUAUGUGUCAGAACCAUUACAAGUACACACGUCCCAAGAAGAUCAGAGUGUGUGUGGGGACAUGGAACGUGAACGGGGGCAAGCAGUUCCGUAGCAUUGCAUUUCGUAACCACACUCUCAAUGACUGGCUAUUGGAUGCACCUAAGAAGGCCGGGCACCCAGAAUUCCAAGACAGUAAAUCCAACCCGGUGGACAUCUUUGCCAUUGGCUUUGAGGAAAUGGUGGAGCUGAAUGCUGGCAAUAUCGUCAGUGCGAGCACCACUAAUCAGAAGCUGUGGGCUGCAGAGCUGCAGAAGAACAUCUCACGAGAUCAGAGAUAUGUGCUAUUGGCUUCUGAGCAGCUGGUGGGGGUGUGUCUGUUCGUCUACAUACGGCCUCAGCAUGCACCUUUCAUCAGGGAUGUUGCUGUGGAUACUGUAAAGACUGGAAUGGGUGGAGCCACUGGUAAUAAAGGAGGUGUGGCCAUCCGCAUGCUCUUCCACACCACCAGUAUCUGCUUUGUAUGCUCUCACUUUGCCGCAGGCCAAUCACAGGUCAAAGAAAGGAAUGACGACUACAACGAGAUUGCACGCAAACUCACCUUCCCCAUGGGUCGUCUGCUGUACUCCCAUGAUUAUGUAUUCUGGUGUGGAGAUUUUAACUACCGGAUAAAUCUGCCAAAUGAAGAGGUGAAAGAACUGAUCAAACAGCAGAACUGGGAUGCACUGAUUGCUGGAGAUCAGCUGGUGGAACAGAAGAAUGCUGGACAGGUUUUCAGGAGCUUUACUGAAGGGAAGCUGGAUUUUGCCCCCACCUACAAAUAUGACCUGUUUUCAGAGGACUACGACACCAGUGAGAAGUGCCGUACACCAGCCUGGACCGACCGUGUGCUCUGGAAGAGACGAAAGUGGAACUUUGAUAAAACUGCUGAAGAGUUGGAGUUAAAUGUAGUAGGAGCUCAAGUGAAUGAGGAAGAUCAGUACCCAUGGAGCCCUGGAGACCUCAAGUACUAUGGCCGAGCAGAACUCAAAACCUCUGAUCAUAGGCCUGUGGUGGCCAUCAUUGAUGUGGACAUACUUGAGGUGGAUCCAGAGGCCAGACAUCAGGUGUAUAAGGACGUGAUCGCCAUGCAGGGUCCACCUGAUGGCACCAUCCUCGUCUCUCUCUGCUCGUCUGGUCCCGAUGACUUCUUUGAUGAUGCUUUGAUUGACGAACUGCUGGACAAGUUUGCUAACUUUGGCGAGGUUAUUCUUAUCAGGUUUGUUGAGGAAAAAAUGUGGGUGACAUUUUUAGAGGGCUACUCAGCUCUGGCUGCUCUCUCCUUGAGUGCCUCCAGUGUGAAUGGAAAGAUCAUAGACGUCCGUUUGAGAAGUCCUGGCUGGAUAAAGUGUCUAGAAGAGGAAAUGAGUGUGGAGAGAAUCUGUGGGAGCAUCCCAACAUCCACCAGCUCCACUUUGCUGGCAGAGAACUCUGACAUGGGAGAAGAGUAUGACAUGGAAGGUGAUGUGGACGAGGAGGUUGAGGAUAUCUUACCCCAGCACUUGCAACCAGGAGCGGGCAUGGAUCUUGGUGCAUCACCCGCCACUUCCCCUCGCAGCAGCCCCUGCCCCUCUCCUACCCAUGGAGAGCCUGCACCCCCCAUCCGGCCCAACAGAGCCACUUCACGCACUGCUGGACCACCACAGGGUUCUCCUGUUGAUAGUCAGCCAGCCGGAGCUCUCUCAUUUCAGGGUCUAGAGCCAAAACGCCCCCCUCCACCACGCCCUAAUGCACCACCAGCUCGACCUGCACCUCCACAGCGCCCACCACCACCCUCAGGAGGGAGAAGUCCUACUCCUGUUAGGAAAGAUUCAGCAGGACAAAAAAGCCCAGCAUUAGCACGGGCAGAUCCUGGUCGAGGUCAGGCCAGUGGAUCAGCCCCUGGAGGUGCACCAAGGCCGAUCCCACCCAGAGCAGGAGUCAUCAGUGUCCCUUCUCAAGCCAGACUCCCUCCUGCUCAUAUUGGGACCCCCAGACCCAUAGCAGAGGUGCAUCCUGGGGCCCCUCGACCCUCACCUGAUAAUCACCCUGGAGCACCACGACCCAUUUCUGAACCCCCAAGCAAACCGUCCGAGCUGCCACUGGGUCCACCACCUACACUGCCAGGUCCCAUGAGACCUCAGAUGACAUCACCCAUGCAGCCCCUGAGUGUGUCUAUAAUGCAGCCUCCGGUCCGAAUGCAACAGCCCUCACCCAUUCAAGCCCAGCUCCCUGCACCAAUGCAGCCCACAUUUCCUGCCGCGGCCCCCCAGGCACACUUGGCUGGAUCUUCUGCCGCCUCUCAGCCCGGACUGGCCUCUCCCAAGCCUCCACCUCGAAGCCGGUCCUCCCACACACUGCCACCUGAGUCUCCACCUACUACUGCUGCUCCUUCAUCUCAGGUCAAGGUCAUGAAUGGAGUCCAAAGAGAAGCACAAUGGAAUCUAGACCCCUUUGACAUGCUUAACACCCAGUCCAUACUCCAGGACACAUCAUUCUCCAUGUCCCUUCCACACUCCUCCAAUUCCUUCACCCCAUCUCCCUACGCUUCCUCUUCUACGUUGCCCAGCUCCCUCUCUCUCUUCUCCUGCUUGCAAAGUCCUCCUUUAGCUGCAGACACCAGCAGUGCUUCAUGUUUUCUGCCUCCACCCGUUCCCUCCCGCAGCAAGUCCCAGGAGACCCUCCGCAUGUCCCCCAAUCCAUUCUUUGCUGAAGCCCAACCCAGACCCAACAGCACCAAUCCCUUCACCAGUGGCUUGCGGUCCUCACAGCACCGAUCGCUCACACCCGAUUUCUGUACCCAACUGACCGAGCCUGGCCUGAACAGGGCGAUGUCUGCUGUGGUUCAGAGUUCAACUCUUCCUCCUUCUUUCUGUAGACAGCAACCCUUGAUUCACGCUGUAGCACCGGCCCCAGCCAAUCGGACCCAGAAGUGGGUCAAGUUUGACGAUGAUUCAGACUUUCUCCGGUUAGGAAAGGUUCAAUCAGGGCCUCCGCUUAUACCGGCAGCCUCAUCUCUUUCCAUCCCUCAACCCCAGAGCAGCUUCUCCAACUCUGGCUUGGGCAUGGACAGCAACUGGGCGUCUCUUUCCACCUCCUCUUUUCCAACAAUCCCCCCUCCGAUCUCAUCAAGGACUAAUACCAGCAUUAAAAAUGCCCAAAACCCUUCCAUAAAUGAAUUCACAGAGAGAUGAUACAGGGUUGAUUAAUGAGCUGAGAGAGUAUGUAAACAUAUGGAGAAAAUAUUAUUGUGUAUCUAUAAUAUGUGUAUGGUUUGUAUAAAAGUGAAAGAUAUCUGAAGUGUUGACCUGUUUGACUGAAAUGAAUUUACCAGGCCCUCUCUUUGCCCAAAGCAGAAAGCAAACUAGGGGGACAUCAACACAGAUCUUAGUGAAUUAGUAUGUUUUAAGAUUUUAGGAUACUGUCUGGGCACCUGUUGAUAUCUGCAUAUUAACCUGCAUAUACACACAUAUGUGUGUACAAUUUUACAGUUUAAUGGCCAGAUUUCAUAUAUUAAGAUUUAUUAUCACAAGCUUCAUAAUUGGGCAAUAAAAACUUCACAUCUCACUUGCAACAAAUCCUAACCGUAAUACAAAUGAGAAAAACCUAGGCUUUUAUAUAUAUAUCAAACGCACAGAUUUAAAGGAAUAUUCUGGGUUCAACACAAGUGGAGCUCAAUCGACAGCAUUUGUGGCAUAAUAUUAAUUACCAGAAAUAUAUUUUCAAAUCGUCCGUUGUUUAUUUAAAAAAGAAAAACAGUGAGGUGCUUACAAUGGAAGUGUAUGUGGCCAAUCCAUAAACAUUCAAAUACACAAAAGGUAUAGCCACAAGAUGUAAACAUUAUAUGUGUUAACAUGAUUUUAUUGUAAUAAAUUGCUUCCUAAUCUUACCAGUGUAAAGUUAUAUCCAAUUUGACAACUUUGUUGCAAUGAUGACGCAUCACAAGUAAAGCUUAUGAGCAUUUUAGAAAGUAAAAUCAUGUUAACACAUGUAAUGUUUACAUCUUGUGGCUAUACUUUUGAAACUGUGUCUAUUUUAAUGUUUUUGUGCUGGCCCCAUUCAAUUACAUUGAAAGUGUACAGCAAUUUUGUACCGUCUUUUAAUAAAGGAGGCGAGAAUAUUUUCUUUGGUAAUCAACAUUAUACUACAAAUGCUGUCGAUUGAGCUUAACUUAUAUUGAACCCGGAACAUUCCUUUAAAAUGCCUGGCUGUCCGACCUGUUCUAUGCCAUCAUGGCAACAGUUAAAGUGGGCUUGACCGUGAGCUGAGGUCAGAUAUUUUUGUCAUUAAUCUUAUUAUGAAUGUAUCUUUCACCUGUUUCUAUUGCCUAUGUUUAGAUAGUUGUUAAAACACUCUGUGUGCACAGUACAUAGAUGUAUGUUGCUGUGCUUUACUGGAAAGUUCAAUUGUGGGUCUGGUUUAUCUGGGUGUUCACAACCCCACCCCAACUGUGCUUGUGCUUGGCUGUCUACGUUGUAAAAAUAUAUCUUCUAUACACAUUCAUGGUGAUUCUAUAUGUCUUCCUAGUGGGACAAAUGUAAACUGGUUAUGAAUUGUGUUUAUAUUUGCAGCAUAUACAUGCCAUAUCUAAAGUGCUCAGAAGAGCUCUGUCCUUUAGGCUUUUAUUCACAGGAUGAAGCCAAAGUGUGAGAUAUUGGGGUUGUGGACAGUGGAGAGCAUAUCUGUUUCAUAGGCAUGAGGGCAUUAGCCGCCCCUCUUAUUUAUCAACCCUGAUAUACAUAUGUGCUUUCAGUUCAUCUGAUCCAAAGCUCACAACAGACCUGCUGUAUUUAACUAAUGUGUUGUGUGUGUCUUAUUUGGUGGGUUCCUCCAUUAGGGAUCCUGGCUUUCUUUUGUGCAAUGGACGUGUACUUAUUCGCUCAAUGAAAUCAUACUUUUUCAUUUCAAUGGACAGGUUCUUGAUAAAUCUAUUUAUUGUUAUGUGGAUGAAUACUGUGCUGUGUUUUGGAGUGCACUGUCGGUUUACGUGUACUAGCUGUUUGUGUGAGUGUGCUUGCGAGUUUGCGUUGUCAUGUGGAAGAAUUCAAACAUGUUUGUUACAAGUCAGCUGACCCCGGAGUCAUUAAAACAUUCAGUCGCCAUGCUGUUUUAAAAGUAACAUUCUGUACGUCCUUUAAAGGUUUCAGCCUCAUAAUUCUUUCGGUCAUAGCCAUGUUGAUUGUUUAGCAUACCAGACUGUAAUGGUGCAUUAUGGUUGAACGAUCAGCCCUCAGCACUGUUUUUGUGUAACGAGUCAUUUUUCUUAUGUUCGUCUCGCAGUUUUAUGUGCAGGUUGUAUCAUUGUGCCGCAAGGGCAUAAUGAAGUCAUUUAAUCAGGGUAAAAGUGUGAGUGUUUCAGUGGCAACAGUAUUUUACUUGUUUACAUUUAGGUAAAACUUUAACAUCAAACGUUGAGUUUUCAAAAGUAUUACAGAUUUACUGUAUCUUUGAUCAUCACAGCACUAAAAAGGUUGAGAACAUAGGUCCUCUAUUUGGGGUUUUGUUGUGGAUGGGUCAGAAGAUAUUGUGAAUUAAUGCAAUGAGUUAACCAUUCCAAAUUGAAUUCCAAAGCACUAACUGUGAACAUCACUUGAAUUCAGACAGGUAUCCAGCCAUGGAUGGUAUAAAUGUGUUCAGGUGUUCUGUAUGUAAUGAAAGCAUCUCAUCCUAUAAUCUGGUUUUAUAGAAAUGAACUCCUUUUGUUAAGCUAACGUUCCUUUGUAGCUUUAGCCCAGUAGUGAACAAAAGUCUGUGGUAUUAACCAUAUUAUAUGUAUGUAUACACAAACCACAAAACUGCAAUUCAGUCAUUUAAGUGCAUAUCAAAGGUGCACAUUUAUGUAUGGAGCAAUUGAUGUUGUAUGUAUGCAAUAAUAAAUGUAAUUCAAUA